CGUGAGCCUGUCCGUGAGCAAGGCGAUCUGCUCGAAUUCGAGUUUCUUGUUCGUUGCACGCUCAAAAAAUAAAAACAUAAACGUAUAUUAAUGCUCGACCAUGCAAGUGACCCUCGUUGAAAAGCCGGUUCUGAGCGUUCAAUGCAACUGGAAUGAAGCAUUAAGGGAGAGAAAUGGAGACGCCUGGGUGACUUGCAAAUCUCGCGGCCAGCCUGGAAUUCAUGGCAAGCUGAAACGAACUGGUUCCACGCCUGACGGAAUUCCCAUCGUGUCGACCACCGACAAGUUUAGAGUGACCGGAAUAACGAAGGACACUAUUCAUGUCUCACACACUGACCCAAACUGCCAGACGUGUUUCAUUGCCCCAACAACAGCAUUUGCCAACGUUCACCGCAACAGUGUGGCAUGCCUUGACGUUACCAAGGGUCACUUGGGUGUUUCGGUCAGUGGAACCAGUGAAAUGCGUGUCUGGGAUUCACGGACUGGAGAAGUCAGGAGAGAACUGGAGGGACAUGUCUGGGAUGUGUACACCUGUCGUUUCUUCCCCUCGGGCGUGGUAGUCCUCUCGGGAGGAGCCGACAUGCAGCUCAAGAUUUGGUCUGCCGAAACAGGAAAGUGCCCUGUCACAUUGAAAGGCCAUUCUGCAGCCAUUCACGACACUUGCAUUGUGGAACAAGGGCGUAAUGUCAUCUCAGUCAGCAAGGAUGGCACUGCCAGGCUCUGGGAUUGUGGCCAGUCUGCCUGCUUGGGCAUCCUGACCGACACCCUGCAUGACUGCAUUAACUGCUGCGCUCUUGGACCUGCGGCCAUCAACUUGGGCACUAGGGAAGAACCAGCCAGUGAGAGGGAGGUGGCGACAGAUGGAAAACUCCUAGUUUUGGGGACAGAAGCAGGAAAGCUGAGAGGUGUCGGCGUGCGCUCCAGGAAGACGGUGUUUGAGCUUGAUCAUCCUGCAGCAAUUAACUCCUGCUGCUUCCUUGGACAAAAUCGCUUUCUUUUCGGGACACAGGAUGGAAAUGUUUCCUUGAUUGAUGUAAGGCAGACAAGAGGGCCUUCCAUCACUUGGGAAAAUUCAUCAUCUCCUGUGUUGUGCCUGUUGCCGUACAAGCAAGGUUACAUGGUUGGAAGAGCUGACGGCUCUUGCAACUUUGAAGCCCUGGAGGGCGCAGAGUCAUUCAGUCUUACUGGGCCUGACUGUGAACCUGUUUACCAUGUGGCAUAUGAUGGAGAAUCAUUCUACACUGCCUGCAGAGAUGGCCUGAUCAGAAAGUACAGGGUGCCCAAGUCAUAGCAUUCAUACCUGUUGUUAGUGGUCACCGUUACUUGUCAAAGAAGAACAUAUGCUGACAUGUUUUCAUCAUUGCUAUAAAACUUCUGGCACCCAUCA